GCUCAGCAAACCAACAAUCAUGUACAUGUGCUUUGGCGUUUUCGUGCUGUUCGUGGUAUUCUCGGGAAACUUUGUUGCCAGUGACAGUGAUGAAAGCUGUCUUGUCCGAGACAAAUUGCCUACGCCAAUUGAUGCAACUGUGGAACUAUAUCCCGGCUUCGAUAUAGAGGUCUGGACAUGUAAUAACGAUGCAAGCAAACUGGCUUAUUUAACAUGCUCUACAAAGAUAUGGUCUCCCGAAGAGCUACAAUGUGGCCCUGGACCAGACUUUGAUACUAGUUGUCUUGAGACACACAACAUGUACCGAGAUAGACACCAGAAUACACCUCGUUUAACGUACAAUUAUACAUUGGCGGGUGAGGCAAAACAAUGGGCGGAUUACCUCCCUUCAUUAGGAGGGCUUCAACAUGGCUCCACAGGGGAGAACAUAUACUGGGCCUCUACUUCUGGAAAACAUGAUCCAUGUAAAGCAGCCGUCGAUGCGUGGUAUGCCGAAGAACCAAACUGGAAUUAUGAUACAUCGGCUGGUAAUGGGGGAGGAGUAACCGGGCACUUCACGCAAGUUGUUUGGAAAACUACAACCGAAGUCGGCUGUGGCCUGAAUGAAUCAGCACAGGGUACAUAUGUUGUGUGCAGAUAUUUAUCCCCGGGGAACAAUGGACAGUACCGAACAAAUGUUUUAAAGCGAUUGUAAUAUUUGGACGCUAAAAUUCAAAAUCACCAUUCGGUAUCAUUGCUCAUUUCAAGAUUUGAGCCAUUCUACUGGAAAAGGGAUCUUAUCACAGAUUUUCUAAUAUUUUGAUUAUUUGUUUACAAAACAUAAAGAGACCUUUUUCAAAUUACC